AUACAAUUGCAGACGAACCUUCAAUCAAACUUACGGCUGCUCUAAAUCAGAGACGAAUAAAGGUGAUGCACCGAAAUAGAUAACCGAAUGUCAAUCGUAUAAAAUGAAAUUGAUUGGAUUUACAUAAAAUAAUGAUGUUUUAUCGCUGAAAUAUACAAUUUUAAUUGAUGAUUGAGAGAAAAAUUAACAUAGAUAAAAUCAUAUCAUUCCAAAAUCGAGAUUUUUUUAUACAUAGCAUAAUUUUUCACUGGAAAAAGUUCAAGAACAGAAAAAGUUGUAGUUAUGAACGCAGACCAGGUGAUAGCAUUAACAGAAGAACAAGUAGCAGAAUUUAAAGAAGCAUUCUCGUUAUUUGAUAAAGAUGGUGAUGGAACCAUCACAACAAGUGAACUGGGCACAGUCAUGCGCUCUUUAGGUCAAAAUCCAACGGAAGCGGAACUUCAAGAUAUGAUCAACGAAGUAGAUGCUGACGCUGUAGCAUUUUAUGGAGCAAUGCAGAUAAACUGCUGCGGAAUUGGUAAUGGAACAAUCGAUUUCGAAGAAUUUUUGCUUAUGAUGGCAAGGAAAAUGAAAGACACUGAUAGUGAAGAAGAACUUCGGGAGGCAUUCAGAGUGUUCGAUAAGGAUGGGAACGGAUUUAUAAGUGCGGCAGAAUUAAGGCAUGUAAUGACAAAUUUAGGUGAAAAAUUAACGGACGAAGAAGUAGAUGAAAUGAUUAAAGAAGCAGAUUUGGAUGGCGAUGGAUUAGUUAACUAUGAAGAUUUUAUGGGAUAUGCAAGAUUAAUUCUUUCUCGAAAGACAAAAAGAUGAAGAUCUUCACCUACCAACAUGCUUCCUUACCAUUCCAUCUCCUUGUGUACGCCUUAUGACCUUGUGACGUCACUUCCUGUUUGGUGCCAUGUCAUACCAAGUCUCUGACUAACAAUGAAGGAGUGCACUAAUUAUUUGCUUUGCGCAUGUUUGACUAACUAAAAUGCUAGACAAGAUAUGCAUUUAUUCCAAGAUUGUACUUGGUGUUUGAUAUUGUACUUUUCAUAAUUCCGAAAACUUUAUGUAAAUAUAUAGAUAUCAAUAAACAACUCUAUGUGUUGUCUCAAGAAAUAUAAAAACGCUCAGAUGAUUUCACUUCAGAAGUGAAAGUGUUUUA